CCUCACAUGUGGAAAGUUCUACAAAUUGGUGGUCAUCAAAUACUGUCACUUAUUCCAAUUCUUUUUCUUUACCCUUAUUCCCCUCGAUCUCCUCCCAAAUCCCAUCCCAAACAAUGGAGGAUCACACACUAACCACCACCCAUGAAGAUCUCGGAAUCAAAAUCUAUACCUCCACACCCACCAACGAAGAAACAGACCACCACCCCGACGGCGGUGCCCGGAAAAGAAGAGCAAUGGCAAAAGGAAUGCAAAAAACACUCUCAAAAACCUCAAUGCUAGUAAACUUCCUUCCAACCGGCACUCUCCUAACCUUCGAAAUGCUUCUGCCGUCGGUCUCCGGUAAGGGGCAGUGCACGCCGGUGAACACAAUGAUGAUAAACUUUCUCCUGGGCCUAUGCGCUCUAUCAUGUUUCUUGUUUCACUUCACGGACAGUUUCAAAGGCGUGGACGGAAAAGUUUAUUACGGGAUCGUGACGCCGCGAGGGCUGGCGGUGUUCAAGGCGGGGGUGAGGGAGGUGGAAGUGGCGAAGGAGGAGAGGUUUAAAGUUGGGAUAACGGAUUUUGUUCAUGCGGUUAUGUCUGUAAUGGUAUUCAUGGCGAUAGCGUUUUCGGAUCAUAGAGUGACCAAUUGUUUGUUUGGUGGAGACGUGAAGGAUAUGGAAAAGGUUUUGGAAAGCUUUCCUUUGAUGGUGGCAACCAUUUGUAGUGCUUUGUUUUUUGUGUUUCCUAAUACUCGAUAUGGUAUUGGCUGUAUGCCUAAUUGACUUCAUUUUUAAGAA